AUGGGCAACAACCCCUCGUCGUCCCGCCAGAGCACCAGCUCGCCCCAGGGCCCGCCGCACGCGACCGCGCCGAUAAGCAACCAAGCGGUGAACCAUGUGCGCAGAGAACCGCGUCGCCGCGAGUCCAUCCAGGCCCUCUCCAACGCCAAAGCCAGCGCCGCUCCGCCUUCCGCGAGCCUCGAGAGCGCGACUGCACACUCGACCGCCGCCAGGCCGCUUCGCCCCGACUCGCGCGGCCGCGCCCACUCGGUAGCUACGCCGACGCUCAAGCCGCACGACAUUACCACGCUCGAGAGGAUGGGAAGCGGCCAGAGCCACGAGAAGGACCAGCGCGAGCCUUCGCCGCCGCCGCCUGCUGAGCCCUCGCCCCUCACCCAGCCAGUCGACGUGCCGCAGGCGGCCGCCCGCGCGCCCUCGUCGUCGCCGCCCGACGCUGCCGACGCGUCGUCGCAGUCGGAUGCCUACCACAUGCAGGCCGCAACCUUUACGCGCCCGCCACGGCUGCCGCUGCCCAUUGAGGAGGAGGUCCACACGCCCGGCUCGCCCAUCAUCUCGCCAGCCGAUCUGACGGCCCCAAUCGAUCCGGAGAGCAUCGACGGCGUGCUCCCCCGCCGCACCUCGGUGCUGAGCAGUACUACCGCCGACGAGGACGAUGUGGCGGACGACAACUUCGACACCGAGGGCGGUCUGCAACCAACCGUCCCCACCAUCAUCGAGUGGCUGGGUCCCGGAGAGAAGGUCUACGUCACCGGCACAUUUGCAGGAUGGAAUAAGAAGUUUCGACUGCAUAAGAAUGGACCGAGCAAACACAAGGAUGCUUUCUCUGCCACCAUCCACCUGCAGCCCGGCACCCAUCACCUCAAAUUCCUCGUCGACAACGAGAUGCAGCUCUCUUCCGAGUUGCCAACCGCUGUCGACUUCACCAACAUACUCGUCAACUACCUGGAAGUAUCGCCGGAUGAUAUCCCUCAAGCACAGCAGCCUCAGCCCACCGCGCCCGUCGAUAUCCCUGGGCAGCAGCGCCCGGCGGAUGAGAAACCGGAGGCGCAGGCUCCUGCAGGCGUCAACCCGCCCCAAAUAUUGCCUCCGUCGCCCGAACUCCAGCAAAUUACGCAGGCGAACCCGUCGGGCCCGGAGACGCCAGCCGCAGCAACCAGCAAUCCUGUCCCCGUGGCCCCGGCGCCGCCGAAGCAGUACCAUUGCGUAAUCCCGCAGUACUUGGCCGACCUGGAUGCGGAAGAAGAGUCUAGCAAAUUUGCACGGGCGAGUGCGGUGCUGAAUACCACGCCGCCGCCGCCGUCUCUCCCUGUGAUGCUCAGCAAAAGCAUUCUCAACGGCAGCAUGCCUAUGAAGGACGACAGCAGUGUGCUAAACAUGCCCAACCACACUGUGCUCAAUCAUCUCGCCACAAGUAGCAUCAAACAUAAUGUGCUGGCGACCAGCGCAACGACGCGGUACAAACGAAAGGCACGUUCACCCAACUCUACUACCGAUGUCUGA